CUCUCCUCCUCCGGAGAUGAUUCAGAUCCCAGAGCCUCCAGACUGGGCCCUCCUGCCCUGCCCUGCCGUGCCCUGCCCAACUGGUCCUCCGCGGGGCGCCCACCAGGCCGCGCAGCCUCGUGAUGGAGGUGUCCGUGCUCCCGGAGGCGCCGGCCAGGGCGGCCCCACCGCCCCGGGACACGGAUGUGGACGCGGAGGAGGAGCCCCGGCCCGCCGGCAGCGAGCCAGGUGACCCUCGGGCCAAGCCGCCUGUCCAGCCCAAGCCCCGGGCGCUGCCCGCCAAGCCUGCCCUGCCCGCCAAGCCCAGCCUGCUGGUCCCUGUGGGGCCUCGGCCGCCUCGGGGCCCCCUGGCCGAGCUGCCGUCAGCCCGGAAGAUGAACAUGCUGGCCGGACCCCAGCCAUAUGGGGGCAGCAAGCGUCCCCUGCCCUUCCUGCUGAGACCUGCAGCGGAGGCCACUGCUGCAGAAGCUGCUCAGGAGCCCGGGAAGGAGGAGCCGGCCCCCUUGACCCCACCCACCCGCUGUGCCGCCCUGGGGGGUGUGCGGAAGGCCCCUGCCCCAUUCCGCCUGGCCGCGGAGCGCUGUAUGGCCACCACCGUGGAGGAGAUCCUGGCCAAGAUGGAGCAGCCAAGGAAGGAGCUCCCGCCCAGCCCUGACUGCCUCUGGGGCUCGCGCCUCUCCUUCAACCAGGAUGGCAGCUCGCGGUAUGGCUCCCGGGCAGCUCCCGGCCGGGCCUGGUCCCAGGAGGGACCUGCAGAGACCCUGGCUCCUGAAGCAUGCCCUGAGGAGCACAGCAAGACCCCCAUGGCCAGUGACCUCUCUUCUGACCUGGCCAUCAACGGGGACCUGGCUCAGCCGGCCACUUCCGAGCCACCGACUCACGUUCCCUCCGGCGGGGCCCCGGGCCAACCCGCGGACAUCUUCAGCCCCGCGCCUCCAUCUCCCCAGCACGCUCAGCUCCCUGCAGCCCCAAGUCCCACGGCUUCUCCCCACCGCCCUGUGACUCCUCCGUCCCCAAGAACUGCCCUGCCUACUGCUGCCGAGGGCCUCGGUCCCCCCGCCAGCCCGGGGCUCCCCCCCGAGCCGGCCCCUGAAGCCCCCAGACCCAGCAGCCCUCCCCUCGAGCUGGUCUCAGGGCACCCCAGCCCUGAGCACACCCCAGCCACCCCGCCCCUGCCCCAGGGCGGUGAGAUACGGGAGCUCACUAGGACGUUUCCCCCCGGGGAGGAGGUGGCGCCUACGGGUGACCCCAACCCACAUCCCACCAGCCUGGCUCAGCGCCGCUUCUCGGAGGGCAUCUUCCGGCCUCCCUGCCAGGACCAGGAGAAGCUGGGGGGCUCGCUGGCUGCCCUGCCCCAGGCCCCGGGUGGCCAGUCGGCCCUGGAUUGUCCCUUCGGGAGUGGGACAGAGUCCAACUGGAGCCUGUCCCAGUCGUUCGAGUGGACCUUCCCCGUGCGCCCCUCGGGUCUGGGCGUGAGGCGCCUGGACUCCCCGCCGCCCUCCCCCAUCACGGAAGCCAGUGAGGCCGCGGAGGCUGGGCACUGUGCUGGGGCCCCACCUGGGGACGCAGGGAGGCCUGUUUCCUGGGCCCAGGCCGAAGACCCAGGCGUCUCCCCAUCCCCUGAGCCCCCCUCCACGUUGGAGGGCGCACCCCUGCUGCAGGCUGAGGAGAGGGCGGAGGACUGGCAGGGGCCAGGACACGAGGCCCCCCUGCCCCCCGACACCAGAGGGGCUGCCCUGUCCCUGCUGGAGCCCGCCCUGGGCCAGCAGCAGCCAGCGCCCCCCGACCAGCCCUGUGUCCUCUUCGCCAGCGGCCCCAGCCCUGGGCAGGCGCUGCCCGUGGAGGAGGCGGCCGUGACCCUGGCCCGGGCCGAGGCCCAGGACUGGUGUGCAGCCUCCCCCCAGCCUGAGGGUCCCGGAGGCGGCUCUCGCUGGCUGGAUGAGCUCUUGGCCUCCCCGCCCCCGAUGCAGGACACUGAGUCAACGACUGCCCACCCAGAGGGACUCCUAGGCUGGUCCCAGAAGGAUCUGCAGAGUGAAUUUGGGAUCGCAGCAGACCUGCACCCCAGCAGCCCCCGGCCUCCCGGCUGGCCCCACGUUGCUUCUCAGGACUGUGGCCAUGGGGCUGCCAGCCCAAGAGGAGCCCUGGGCCCAGGGCACAGGGACUGGGCCAGGGAGUGUGGCUCCGGAGCCGGGGAAGGGGGCGGAAGGGAGUGGGCUGACAUCAGCAGCAGCAAAGCCCCGAGGGACACGUGUGCCCCGGAGCAGCUCAUGGCCCACAGUGGCUGGGCGGUUAGACAGCCAGCCCCACUCGGCACCCUGGGGUGGGAGGCCGCUGCCCAGGACCCAGAGCCGGGGCGGAGGGACUCCGGGGACAGGUUCUCCAGUCUUCAGGCCGAACUGCAGGACCAGGAAUUUGGGAAGAGAGACUCCCGGGACAUGCUGUCCAGCCGGGUUGUGGAACUCCAGGAGCAGGAAUUGGGGAAGAGGGAUUCUUGGGACACGUUCCCCAGCCUCCAUGCGGAUUUCCAGGGCCAGGAGUUUGGGAAGAGGGACUCCCUGGGCCCGCACAGCAGCCAGGAGCCCAGCCUUCAGGACUGGGAGUUUGCGGCGGGAGGUUGCCUGGGCAGCAGUGCCCGCCAGCCUGAGGAGGAGCCAGCCCGGGAGUCGGGGAGUGAGGCGCCCUGCAGCUACAGCAGCCAGGAUGCCGAGGCGCAGGACCGGGAGUUUGAGAAAAGGGACUCUUUGCUCGGAGUGCUCAGCCGUCCAGCUGAAGUGCCCAGGGCCCAGGUGUUGAGGCAGAGCCCUUGGAUGCAGGACCACGGCGAUGGCCCCAGAGAGCAGGACAGCACCUCCGAUGUGGGAGCCCCAAGCUCUGGCCUCAGCCCCCAGGUGGCUCAGCGGCCGCAAGGGGAGUUUGAGAAGGCGCUGUGUGGCCAGGACGGCGGGGCCAAGGGCCCACCAGAGGAGCUGCAGGGCUGGCAGGGCAGUGGCACCAGCUGGGAGGUGGCAGGGGCUCUGGGCCCUGGGGAGGGCGGCCUUGGGGGUGGGGACACUGGGCAGCGGGGCUGGGCGGCGGAGCUGAGCCUGGGUGUUGCGCCGCAGCCAGAGGAUGCUCUUAGCCCAGGGCCCCGGGACUGGGGAGAGGACCUGGUCCCGGACCCCGCCCUGAGGAGCACACAGUUCGGCAUCAUCGGUGAUGACCGAGCGAGCGGUGCUGGCCCAAGUCCCCCCAGCACGGCGGGAGGUGGCCGCUUCGUGUCCCCCGGGGAGAUGGUGUCCAGGCCCGGGGACUGGGCUGACCAGCUGGGCCUCAGGAACUUGGACGUGUCCCACUGUGGGGCCCCUGGGGACUUGGCUAAGGCCAGAGAGGUGGCCAUCGGGCAGGUGGGCUGGCUGGAUGGGGGCCUGGAAGUGCAAGGGUCGGGGGCCACUGGUGCAAGGGAGGAGGACUGGACUGUGGAGGUUGGGGUGCCAAGCAUCCACCUGGCCGGGGACGGGGCAGCGGGCAGCCUCGGCCAGGCCAGGGACAGUGGCAUGGGGCAGGCAGACUGGUCGGGCCUGGAGGCUGGCGAGUUCCUCAGAUGCAGGGAGCGCGGUGUGGGGCAGGCAGCCUGGAGCCCCGACCUGGUGCUCGGGGGCGUGGUCUCCAGGGAUCCCAGAGAGCUGGGGGUGCGCCCAGGGAGCUGGGGUGAUGACCUGGGCCUGAGGAACUUGGAGGUGCCCUGUGACCUGGACUCGGGGGGUGCCCGCGGCUGUGGUGUGGGCCGGGACCGGGGCAGGGGGCUGUCAGGGCCCCCAAGUGGAGCCAGGGAGCAUGGGGCAGGGGAGGCGGGCCCCAGCCUGGAGCGAGACUUCAGGAGCAGCAGGUGCUCAUCCCCCCGCUUGGAGGCCAGAGAGUCCAGAGAGUCGGGGGUCAGAGAGCCCCAGGGUGCAGACGGCUGUGGGUCUUCCCCGGAGGCCCCCUCUGAGGACGCCGGACCAGAGACGGCAGGAGCCACCGCCCUUGCAGCCAGCCCCGGCCAGCGUCCAGCCUGCACCCCGCCCCCUGGCACCCAAGGCCUGCCAGAGGGGACGCUGCUGACCAGCAGUGGCAAGGCGGAGGCUGCCAGCGAGUCCCUGGCCUCGGGGCUCAGCAUCCUGUUGGAGCAGGAAGGAGCCUCGGCAGGCAGCCACCCGGAGGAGCCUGAGGAGCGCGGUGGGGACCCCCUGCCUGCCCGGCGGCCCCAGCCCGACGGCGGAGCCAGCUGUGGGGAGGAGGUGGACGGCACCUGGGGCCUCGAGGGGCCUGGGUGCAGGGAGCAGGACCCGACCCUGGCCCCUCGGCGGCCACCCCCGGGGCCUCCCGCCCGCGGCCCCAGCCAGGACUUCUCCUUCAUCGAGGACACCGAGGUCCUCGACAGCGCCGUGUAUCGCAGCCGGGCCCACCUGGGCCGCAAGCGAGGGCACCGGGCCCCGGCCAUCCGGCCCGGGGGGACCCUGGGCCUGGCGGAAGCCUCCGACUCGGACGCGCGCCUUUUCCGGGACUCCACGGAGCCGCGGGCGUCCCGGGUGCCGUCUUCGGACGAGGAGGUGGCAGAGGAGCCGCAGAGCCGCCGGACCCGGAUGUCCUUGGGCACCAAGGGGCUGAAAGUCAACCUGUUUCCCGGCCUGAGCCCAUCGGCCCUGAAGGCCAAGCUGCGCUCCCGAAACCGCUCGGCGGAGGAGGCGGAGCCAGCAGAGGGCAAGGCUGGCCAGAAGGAGGCUGUGGUCCAGCGCUCCAAGUCCUGCAAGGUCCCCGGGCUGGGGAAGCCCCUUGCCCUACCCCCGAAGCCGGAGAAGUCUUCAGGGUCUGAAGGGUCGUCACCCCACUGGCUGCAAGCCCUGAAGCUGAAGAAGAAGAAGGUCUGAGGGGCCCCGAGGUCCCUCUGCAGCCUCGGGGAGUGCCCGUUUCUGUGGGUCCCUGGCGGGGACACAUUCAUGCACUUUGUGUCGGCUCUGACCCCGUGUCCCCCCGCCUGCCCCUGCCUCCCGGCUGGGCAAAGGUUCCCGCCCUCCGUCUGCCCUGCAGCUCUUUCCUCCUCUCUCUGCGCUGCCUCAGCCUCCCGUGGGUUUUCUUUUGAUACCAAUUUCUAGCAUUUUUAUAAAGGCCUUCGAUUUUUGUAACGGGUGGACCCUCCCCGCCCCAGGAGGCGCCCUGUCAGACCAAUGACAUUUUGCCACUUGGAACAUUCAAUAAAAUGUUUUGGGAACCAG